AUGGCAGAUGCUGUAGCAGAGACCAUGGCAGUGGAGGAGGAUUUCCAGACCGUUCCGGCACAAAUUCCAGAUCCAUUGGAGGAUAGCGAAGGUCCAAGGUGUCAGAAGUGUGACACACCAGUGGAAGCUGACCAAAUGGUCUUGAAGCACUUGACAAAAGGCCCACGGAACAAGGUUCUGUGCAAAAGCUGCCACGCCGUGCAAACAAUGAUGGCUAGAUCAUUUGAUGGCAUGCCAGCCGGAUGGGACACGCUCUCCCACGAGGAAAGCGUCAACUUCUACAAGGCCAUGUUGGAGAAGAAAGGCGAUGGUCCUUUGCGUUUUCAGCUUUUGCGCGCCGAGAUGAAGGCCUGCCUUGUUCACCGUCACAUGGAGGAGACGAAGCGAGGCUUCAACGGAGAGUUCCAUCCCCUUGGCUAUUGGCAGCAGCGUGGCUACGACGUGACCAAGAUCGAGGCCCUCGCAGAGUCCAUGGAGCAUCCAGUGCUAGGCCGCACAUAUCGUGUGGACAUAUUUCACGUGUCCACCGACACCAUCUUUCAGAAGGUCGAGGAGGCCCUCCAAUUGGUUGACAAGGCUGCCAAGCGCAAGCGGAUCCCCAAGGCCAAGGCCAAGUCCAACAAAAGAAACAAAGGCAAUGAGCCAGAGGAGCCAGCCGAAGAGGUUCCUGUCGACCAGGACCUCGUGGAUCUGGUAGAUCUGGAGAGCGAAGACGAGGUGGAAGUCGUUGGUGGGAAAGGUUUGACUGAGAAGCAGCUUGCGGCUCUGAAGAAAAGGGAAGCUGCAAAAGCAGCAAAGAAGGCCAGUGCAGAGGCAGCAAAAAACACCAAGGUUGCCACCACUUUGGCUAGCAAGGCCCUGACAUGCUUGCAGCCUGUGUUGGACAGGAUGCAGAAGGCCAAGAAGGGUCUGAAGGAGGGCGAUGCUGAUGCGGCAACCCUGGAGCAAAUGGAGGAGAAGCUGACCCUGGCUGAGACUGUGGUGUCACAGGCCCAAGACAUCCUGAAGAAAGUCGGCUCUGGAAAAACAGUUGCCUUGUCUGAGAUUGAAAUCACUUCGGACAAGGCAUUGGCUGCCGAGAUCAAGUCCAUGAACAACGUGAUCAAGUCCAUCAACUUGGCAAAGCGGGCAGCCAAGAACGGCAAUACGGGUAUCAUGCUCCCUGUCGUCUCCAUGCAUGACACUACAGUGGAAACUUCAGUGGUGCAGGAUCUGGCAAAUGGAUUUUCGGCACUGUACCAAUAUGAUAAGGAGCAACUGGGUUACGUGGCCAACUUUGAGCUCGAGAACUUGAAGGAAACCUGUGUAUGGCUUGUCGAUUUCUACACGGACAGUUGGUCGAAAGCAGAACUUCUGAGCAAGGCUAUUUUGUGUCUAGCCUGUUUGCGGUGCCAUUUCGAAUUUGGUGUGGCCUUGGAUGAGGAGGCCUACUCAGGCUAUGUGAAAUUUGGAGACCCACCAGGGCGCAGCAUACAACAGAAGAUUGCAGCAUAUUCCCAAGCACAUGGUCGCUGUGUUGCCCUGAAGCGAAGUGAGGUGAGCCAAUGCGUGGGCUACUUGGGGACGGUGCAGCAAUUCUUCAGGGUGCGCGAGAACAAGGCAUUCUUCGAUGUGCUAUGGCCUGUUCAACAACUACUCUCUGAGGUGAGGGCCCACUUAUAG